GCGGGACAGCGAUCGCUGCGUUUUGCGGCCAAUAAACGCAUUUUCGUCGCCGGAGUCGGAGUUUACGGUCCGCGGCGUCCCUUCCACUUCCAGCUCCAGAUCUCGGUGACGCUCGUGCGCUGCGACCGUCGCGCGUCGCCUACAAUCAUGGACUGCGCGCGCAAAUCGGUGCGCGUGAAAAGCGGCGACUCUUCCGAACCCAUUGUUAACAUUAAGUUCGACGAAGAGUUCGAAAUCGAACCGAAUGUCGAGCACGAGAUCCGCGCCGAAGUCGAGGCCACGGAGCGCCCCGUGGGAGGCGUGCGCGCGCACCUCCCGCGCGCCCCGCACGACGUCCACUUCUUCUAUGGCACCGGCGGACAGCUGGCGGCCAAAGUGCGCACCACUGCCGGCGAGAACGUCAUCUUCAACUUCGCGUGGGAUCACGAGUGCGCAGACGCGACGGGCGGCGCCUCCUCAGCGCCCCCCACUCCGAACCCGCCGCCGCGUCCGCCGCCGCCCGCGCAGUACCGCCGGCCCUCACGUCUGGCGCGUCUGAAGCGCGCGCUUUCCUUCACGGAGAAGACGACCGGAAGCGACGACCGUUCGGCCGGAAGUGACGUCACUUGCGGUCAAAUCCCU